AUGUCGAUGAUCAUCGUGUUCAGGAAAACUGAAGCAAAGAUGAUUGAAGUUAUUGCCAUUGAUGUUUCUAACAAGUUGAACAAUUUCGCACCAUCAAGUGAUUUCAACGGAUUAAUUGGGAUGGAAUCUUACACAACAGAAAUGGAACCGUUGUUACAGCUAGAUUCGAAUGAGGUGAGAAAAAUAGGGAUCUUGGGUCCACUUGGAAUUGGUAAGACAACCAUUGCUAGAUAUCUGUUCAACCAACACUCCCAAGAUUUCCAACUGAGCGUCUUUAUGGAUAAUAUCAAAAGAAACUACCAGGCAGCAGCAGCUUUUUCCGAUGACUAUAGUGUGAUGUUGGAUUUACAAAAGCAGUUUAUGUCUCAACUAACCAAUGAGGCAUGUAUUAAGGUUCCACAUUUGGGAGUUGUCAAAGACAGGUUGAAAGACAAGAAAGUUCUUGUUGUCCUUGAUGAUGUGGAUCAGUUAAUACAACUGGAAGCCAUGGCAAAAGAAACUUGUUGGUUUGGUCCUGGGAGUCGGAUUAUCAUCACAACCCAAAAUCAAAAGAUUUUAAAAGCAAGUGGGAUCAACCAUAUAUACAAGGUCAAUUUACCAUCAAAUGAUGCAGCCCUUCAAAUGUUCUGCAUGUAUGCUUUUGGUCAGAAAGACCCUAAGGAUGGUUUCACAGAGCUUGCUUGUGAAGUUAGGAGUCUUGUAGGUAGACUUCCAUUGGGGCUAAGGGUUAUGGGAUCAUAUUUUCGGGGAAUGUCCGAGCAAGAUUGGAUAGAGGCACUACCGAGGUUAAGGAGGCACCUUGAUCGAGAUGGAGAAAUUGCCAGCAUUUUAGAGUUUAGUUAUGAUGCCUUACGUGAUGAAGAUAAAAGUUUAUUUCUUCAUAUAGCCUGCUUUUUCCAUUAUGAAAAAGUUGAUAUAGUAGAAGGCUAUCUAGAAAAAUGUUAUUUGGAUGUGAGACAUGGGCUUCACGUCCUAGCUGAAAAAUCUCUCAUAUCUAUAGACUCGGGAAGGACAAAUAUGUCUAAUUUGCUAAUCCAACUGGGAAGAAAAAUAAUGCGAGAACAGUCUGAUAUUGAGCCUGGAAAUCGUCAAUUUUUGAAUGAUGCCAUCGAUGUUGGUGAAGGGCUCAUUUAUGAUAAAGCCGUAAGUAUUGAGAUUGGUAAUUUCAUUGCAGUGCUCUUUACAGAUUUGAUAUUGUUUAAUAACUAA